AUGGGGCAAGGUCUAAGCAUCAAAAAAUGUGAUUUGAAGAUCACAAUGAACAACAGUAACCACCACACAGCAGAAAUCAGCACUGAAAGCCUCAUGCUGAGACGGGGGCAGCCAUUCACCAUCACUCUGCACUUCUCAUCUCCAGUACACAGCUACCUGCAGCAGCUGAAGAAGGCUUUCCUCACAGUACAGACAGGAUCAAAUCCUUCCAAAGCAGAUGGAACCCAGGCUGAUUUUCCCAUCUCCAGCCUGGGAGACCCGAAGCAGUGGAGUGCAGCCCUGGAAGAACAGGACCCAUGGUCCUGGACCAUCUCUGUGAACACACCUGCCAGUGCUCCCAUCGGCCACUACACUCUGACUCUACAUGCCACCAAGACUGACUGUCACCUGGGCAACUUCACCCUUCUCUUCAACCCCUGGUGCCAAGAUGAUGAGGUGUUCUUGGCCAACGAAGCACAGCGGCAGGAGUAUGUGUUGAACCAAGAGGGUGUCAUCUACUGGGGGACUGAAAAUGCAGUCCUGGCACAGCCCUGGGACUUCAGUCAGCUGGAGGAGGACGUUGUUGACAUCUGCUUCACGCUGCUGGCCGUGGGGGAACGUCGCCAACGGGUCAAGGGCUGUGCCCAGCGCCAGAGCCCUGUUGCCAUCUGCCGCACAGUGGCUGCCAUGCUGAGCUGUGAUGAGUUAAGAGGAAUCCUGACAGAACAGGGGACUGGGCCAGCCUCUGAUGGGACACCCCCUUCCAAGUGGCUGGGAAGCAGAGCCAUCCUCCAGCAGUGGUUGGCAUCUCAGUGCAAGCCUGUCCGCUACGGGCAGUGCUGGGUGUUUGCUGCAGUCCUGUGCUCAGUUCUGAGGUGCCUGGGAAUUCCCACCAGGGUGGUCACAGGCUUUACCUGGGCUCACAACACCAACAGCAGCUUGAGCGUGGAUGAGUACUAUGAUGAAGAUGGGACAAUGCUCACAGGAGACAAGAGUGCCCGAGUCUGGACCUUUCACGUUUGGAACGAGUGCUGGAUGGCUCGAGCAGACUUGGCACCAGAGUACAGCGGGUGGCAGGCUCUGGAUGCCACCUGCCAGAUAAAAGACAAAGGUCCAUCCUUCUGCGGGCCAGCCCCUGUUAAAGCCAUCAAGGAAGGGGACACAGAAGUGGAUUAUGAUGUCUGCAACUUCUUUGCUGCCAUCAAUGCCAAGUGCCAGGUCUGGAUACAAAAAGCAGAUGACACCCUCAAGCCAGCUCUCGGUGGCACAAAGUACAUUGGCAACAACAUCAGCACCAAGGGCGUGGGCAGCGAGCGCUGCGAGGAUGUCACACACCACUACAAGUACCCUGAAGGUUCUCUUCAGGAGAAAGAAGUACUUGAUAAAGCCUACAGAAAGAUAAAGCAACUGGAGACAAGCAGCAGCAGCAAAGCAGAAUUUGCCCUCGAAGAUCCAGUUAACCUUUUCAUCCAACUCCAGUCAAAGAGUUCCCUGCUCCUGGGACAAGAUAUUCCACUUUCCAUUGAAGUGUCUAACCACAGUGGUGAAGAAAAGGCUACUCACCUGGUAGUUAGUGCCCAGUCUCUGCAUUACAGUGGUGUGCCCAUUGCCCAGCUUUGGAAGGAGGAGUUCCAUUUUACCCUCAAAAGCAAUGAAGUCAGCAACCUGCAGGUCUUUGUGCCUUACUCACUGUACAGAGGAGAGCUGGGGGAGAACCAGCUGCUGAGGCUGACUGCCAUGCUGAGAGAUGAGGACUCCUCCAUGUACCUUGCCCAGGAAGAGAUCAGCGUUGCUGAGUCCCCGCUCACCAUCGAGUUUCCAGAAGACAUGGCACAGUAUCAGCCAAGCACAGCAAAGAUCAGCCUGCUGAACCCCCUCCCUGAACCCCUGGAGAAGUGUGUGGUAGCAGUCACAGGGAGAGGGCUCAUUUACAGACAGAGGAAGUACAGGCUGGGCUCUGUGCAACCUAACAGCACUCAACAGCUGCAAAUCCCCUUCACUCCAACCCAAGCAGGGCCCAGAAGACUCACUGCACAUCUUACCUGCCUUCAGCUCCAGAAUAUGAAGAGCUACAAAACUAUCAACGUUGCAGCUGCCUGAUGCCCAGCUUGGAACAGGUCCUCCUGUCCUGUUUGAAGAGGGGUGGUGAUGAUCUG